GGGAACAUUUACUGGAAUGUGUUGUGAUGUUCCAGUAUAAAAGUGGCAGCGCGGGAGGUUUGUCCACAUCUAUCAACAUGAAGGUCCUGCUUCUCACGCUGCUGGUGCUCUCGCUGUGUAGCAUUCAAGUGCUCACGCUCAAAUGCUACACAUGUGUCGGCACCGACUGUAAGGUCGUGGAAAAUUGCGCGACAGAAAAGGUGCACUGCAGGACCUACGCCAGAGGUGACGUACUUGAACGAGCUUGUGAGCAAUUCUGUGCCGAAGACGAUUUCACAACCUGCUGUCAAGAAGACCUUUGCAUCGCGUAGCCUUCCGAUGAAUGAAGACAGUAUAUGAAAUAGUCAUCAGAAUCUGAUGGAAGAUGAUUUGUUUAAUGUGACUGUCCUGUCUUUGAUUUUCUUUUGCUUUCAAUGAAAUCUACCAAUGUUGAAUUAUUUAGUUUCAUUCAUCAUCUCACAGCCUUCUCAAACUGCACAACACACUGACAGGUUUUUUUAAAGAACUAGUGCUGGCACAUACACAAACACACACUUAAUCCCUUCCUGAUGUCACUUAGUGUGUCACUCACUACAGCAGCCUACAGCUAUGUGGGUCGCUGUCUGUCUCUGCUGCAUUGUAAAGCUGGACUCCCUUUAGGGGGUCAUCUGUUUCAGAAAAUGGAAAAAGAAUAAAUCUUUUUAAGUGAUCA